AUGCUAUAUGGAAAGUGGGGUAUUCUAUUCUACAGCCAUUUGGAUAGACAAGUGCGACCAUUCAUCGAACUCAUUGACUUUCAGAGAUCGACUGGAAUCGAGAAAGACCUGACAUUGCCAGCCAUUGCUGUGGUGGCACUACCCAGAGGAAGUGGUAUUGUCACCAGGUGUCUAUUGGAAUUGAAACGAAGGAAGAGUUUUGGAGGCAAAUGGAAGGUAAAGAUCAGUUAUCAAAGGAUAGUGGAGACUUUUGAGGACCCCUCAUUGGUUGAGAUUCAUGUCAGAACAGCUCAGAAUACUCUAGCCGGAGAUGGUGUUGGGAUCUGUGAUGACCUGAUCACGCUGGAAAUCACGUCUCCUGAUGUAUGUGACCUCACACUUAUUGAUCUACCUGGGAUUGCCACUGUACCUGUCAAAGACCAACCAGAGGAUAUUGGUGAUCAGAUCAGACGUCUUAUUUUGAAGUUUAUUUUAAAAAACGAGACCAUUAACCCGGUCGUAGUGCCAUGCAAUGUUGACAUAGCAACAACUGAAGCAUUGAGAAUGGCGCAUUCAGUGGAUCCCAAAGGUGCAAGGACUCUGGAUAUUAUCACAAUUCCAGACUUGGUUGGCAAAGGAGCAGAGCCAGACAUCUUAAAAAGUGUUAAUGGCCAAGUUGUUCACCUGAACAAAGGCUAUAUCAUCGUAAAAUGCCCAGGCCAGAGUGAUAUCAACCAGAAGAUCUCUUUGGUGGACGCCACUCGACUGGAAAUGGAAUUCUUUAAAAACCAUGACACAUACAAUCCACUUCUUGAGCAAAACAAGGUGACAAUACAAUGCCUUUCCAGAAGAUAUGGUUACUUGGCGGAGAAUGUGGCUGCAACAAAAAAAGAGAAUCUGAAGAUAGUUAAGUCAAAGAUGAAUGAAGACAAGGCCUCAAAGAGAUGA